ACUAAUUGAAGUGUACUGGAAAAACACAAUUAAGCUGUCUCUAAACAAGCUCAAGAUGUGUGUUCUUCAGCUCGUCUCCCAGUUUAAAUGAGCAGGAAGAUAAUGUUUAGAGUGUGUUAACACUCCCACAGCGGAGGUACAUUUACAGAUAAUACUCUAAACAGUCCCACACUUCUGACUAAAUCGUCUAGAUAAUUAGAAGAAUGUUCAACUCUUGAUUGACACAAUUAAACACAGGCUCCAGUGUUUGGCCUUUCCAGAAAAUGAUGGGUAAACUGCAGUGGAGAUCAUGUGUGAACAGACCCUUAUUGAGAAUACAGGACAAUGAAUCUCUAAAUCUGUAAAUCGCUGGAUCAGUUUACCGCUGAUGCUGUUCCAGUCAUUUUAAGGCAGUUUACUAUUAUUACUGUGUGAGAGUAUUAUAUCCACAACUACUGACUUGAUCUCUCUCACCAACAAACUAGUGUGUGUAAUGUAGAGUUAAGGAAAUAUAGAUCAAACCACUGAUUUUCUAAAUGUAAAAUGCAAUUGUUCUAUAUUUUUGCCUUGAUUAUUGUUUUACUUCUUGUUCAGACAGGUAUUUCAGGUAUUUCACUCCACUUUUUGAACAGACUUUAAGCUCGAUCUCAUUUUAAAGAAGACAGAUGUCAGAUUGUAGCUGAAGUGAAAAACGUUCAGGAAAGCAUGUGCCUUUGUUUAUGAAUAAAUAAAUAAAUAUAAAUGUAUAGGUUAUUAUUAUAAUAUGUAUUUUACAAAACAUGUUUUAGUCUAAAAUUGACAGAAAACCAAAGCUAAAUAUCUGAACACGUUAUAUUGCAAAUUUGAAGUUGAACUCUCUAACAAUGAGCUUUCAGUAAUAUUUAGUUUGGCCGCAGUACCAGACAUGACCUCUAGGUUCAUCCAGUUUACAUUGCCUCCUAUGUUUGGAGAAAUAUGAACUGUAAUUUUUCAUACUUUAGACAACAUUUGUAGAGUAGACAUUAAGUCCUAAAGUAGAAUAGGCAGUUUGGUGAUAUUCGCGUUGAAUUUAGCCUCUAAAAACAUCCAAACUUGCCUUUGCAUGCGAAUUAUUACUGGUAUAAUGCAAACGAUAACAUGUCGCCCAUGCCUGUAUUGGCGAGGUCUAGACCUCUUCAUAUGAUGGUAAAGAAAUGUAAAUAGGCUCAUUUUGGGGGGUAACUUCAUAUUAUAAUGCAUUACUUUCAAAAGUAGCUUUCCCCAACACACACACACACACACACACACACACACACACACACACACACAGUGGCUAUAUGUGACGUAACAGAAAAGCACUGGAGCGGUGCUCUGAUCCUGCUUUUAAUGGUUGUUGGUGGUCAGUUCUGGCCACUGCUGACCCAGAUUGACCCGCUGGGCUGGAAACAGUUUAAUUGUUAAUAGAUAAUCUCUGAUGUUCACUGAACUUUGUCUCUGUAAACAGUCAAAUCACAACACACAGCUCAAGAUCUUCAUCUGCCGCGUCUGUGUGGCAUCUAAAAUCCUCUUCAGCUCAAGGAUUUCCCACAGAGAGUGUGAGAUGGAGUUCAGACUUCUGCUCGUCCUCAUUUCCUCAUGUUUUCUGUGCUUUGCUGAACAUAAAGAGCACAAACCUCCUGAUAUCUCACAUCUGGCCUUCAGAAACACAGACUUCGCCAUGAACCUCUAUCGCAAGAUCUCCAGUUUUCAUGACAGGAACGUGGUGUUCUCUCCGCUAAGCGUCUCCACUUGUUUCUCGGCGCUCCUGCUGGCGGCGCAGGGCUCCACGCGUACUGAGAUACUGAAGGGUCUGAAUCUGGAGGCUCUGGAUGGAGGAGACCCCCGGCGGGUUCCUGAACUCUUCCAGCAGCUCCACCAGAACAUCUCCCUGCAGAUGGAGCAGGGCACAGCGCUCUUCCUGGACCAGCGCUUCCACCUGCAGACCAACUUCAGCCAGCAGAUCCAGAGGUUCUUCAACGCGGAGGUGCUCAGAGUGGACUUCAGCAAGCCUGCGGUUUGCAGGAGCCUCAUCAAUGAGUUCGUCAGCAGAAAGACCGGCCGUAAAGUGCUGGAGAUGCUGGAGAGCGUGGAGCCGCUCACACAGAUGAUGCUCCUCAACACCAUCUUCUACAAGGGUGAUUGGGAACGUCCGUUCGACCCCAACAACACCGAAAUGAGCCGCUUCUACGUGGACAAAUACAACAUCGUUCAGGUGCCAAUGAUGAUGCUGGAGGAGAAGUUCUCUGUGGCGGAGGACCGGGAUCUGCGCGCUCGAGUGCUGCGUCUGCCGUACCGCGAUGGAGCCUCCAUGCUGAUCCUCCUGCCCACAGCUGAGGCAGACUACACCGCCAUCGAGGACGAGAUCAGCGCUGAGCGGCUCCACGGCUGGAUCAAGAACAUGAGGAGAAUGAAGAUGGAGGUGCAUCUGCCCCGCUUCCGGAUGGAUCAGUCGUACCAUAUGCAUGAGCUCCUGCCUCAGCUGGGCAUCAGCAGCGUCUUCCAGGACUCCGCAGAUCUCAGCGGGCUAAGCAGAGACGCACAUCUGAAGGUUUCUCAGGUUCUUCAUAAGGCAGUGAUAGAGGUGUAUGAGCAGGGCACCAGCGCUGCCUCCUCCACAUCAGUGGGCAUCACGGCGUACUCUCUGCCGGACACCUUCAUCAUCAACAGACCCUUCUUCUUCUUCCUCUACCACGAGGAGACCGCCAGCCUGCUGUUCAUGGGCAGAGUCAUCGACCCCACGCUUAGCUGAUGUGCACACACACACACACACACACACUCUGAUGGAGACGAUACCCAUAAACACACACACACAGGAGGCCAUCCUCUCUCUUUCUCUCACACACACACACAGAACACAGGAAGUUGCAGGGAGGUGGUUUAAAAAAUAACAUGAAUAAUGGAUGUGUUAUUACCUUGUGACUAUAAAAACAUAAAUGACCGCUUAAUCCACUUAUAUUCUGUUUUUCCUUCACUAAAAGUAAAGCAACUAAACACUUUACAUGUAAAUAUGACAGAUUUCUGAGAGCUGAAUAGCGACAGUAGAGUUACAGUGGACUUUUCUUCAUCCAUCUUCAGCACAUUUUAAGAGAAUAGUCAAUUUAACUCUGGUGAUAUAUUAACACUGGUGACUUGACUUAUUUUUUUCCAUUUCCUGAAGUAAAUAAUGUUUUCUAAUAGUAUUUUGUUUAACGGUAACACCAGUGACACAACUCCAGGAGACGAUUACUUUCAUUAGGCCUAUAUGUUUUAUCAAGCUUGCCAUUUUCUCUUUUUAGUAGAAAAAUCUAAAUAAAGCACCUUCCUUCUGUA